AUGUUGAGGAAUGGUGCAGAACCUAUCUUUAAUUCGAGAGCUCCUUUUGAGAGGAUUCAGAUGGAUAUUUUAGGCCCGUUACCUGUUUCUUCUUUAGGCAAUAAGUAUCUCCUAAUUGUUGUUGAUUGUUUUACUAAAUGGGUAGAGGCUUUUCCUUUGAAAAAUAUGAGAGCUACUACGGUAGCAGAAAUUUUUGUUAAUCAGGUUGUUUCUAGAUAUGGGGUCCCGUUGGAACUUUAUAUUGAUCAGGGAAGGAGUUUUGAAUCACAGCUCUUUCAAGAAUUGAUGAGAAUUUUGGGAAUUAGGAAAACGAGGACGACCGCUCUUCAUCCUCAGUCUGAUGGUCAAGUUGAAAGACAACAUCAGACAAUUUUACAGACCUCUAAACAUGAGGCUAUAGGCGUAACUCCUUCAGAAUUGUUUUGCGGAAGAGAUCUUACCUUGCCGAUGGAUUUGCUAAGAGGUACUCCUCCCAGUUAUGGUUUUUCUGAGUCAGCGGAGGAGUACGUUCGAAAUUUGCGGCAGAAGCUGGAUGAAAUUCAUCAGAGAGCUAGACAUCCCGUUUUUGAGGAAGGACAGAAGGUUUGGUUAUUUAAUCCUCAUCGUAAGAAGGGUGGUCGGAAAAGCAAGGUUGUGCAUGCCGACAGGUUAGCUCCGUAUAGAGAAAGGGAAGAAUUCUAA